CUCCCUCCCCUCAGCGCCGCGGCCGCCGCCAUCUUGUCGCCCCCAGCGGAGCGCGGAGAGGCCGCCCCGCCCUUCCGCCCCCUCCCCGGCGCGCUCCGGCCCGGCCCGGCCUGGCCCGGCCCUCCCUGGCGCCGCCGCCGCCGCCGCCGCUGUCGCCGCCGCCCCAGCGGCCCGGCGAGGGACAGGGCCGUGCUGUGAAGGCCCUCCUGUCUUCUCGGAAGCCCCCCUUCGCGUUUUCUCUUUCUCUGCUGGAUGGAAACCUGCUGACGACGUGGGAGCCUUCCCCCCCCCGCCCCCAGCUCUGCCCGUCCACUUUCUCUCGCCCCCUCCCAACUCCUCCCUGCCUGGAAUGCUGUACGUGCCUUCCUCUGCAUCUUGUGGGACAGCUCCAGGUUGCUUUUGGGCUACUGAUUAACCAUCGCUCAAGGAGGGGCUGCCUGCCGGAAGCCCUCUUCUGGCUCUGCAUUGGGGCGUGUUGCUGCUCUCCUCCUCCCAGUGGAGGUGGGGGGGGGAGCACAAAAGAGCCAUCAAGGUGCUGACCACCCCACGGGGACAGCAUGUCGAGCCCAGUGCCAAGUCGAGCAAGGGUCUACGCGGAUGUGAACACCCAGAGACCCCGCGAGUAUUGGGACUAUGAGUCGCAUGUUGUGGAGUGGGGCAACCAAGAUGAUUACCAGCUUGUGCGGAAACUUGGACGUGGGAAAUACAGCGAGGUCUUCGAAGCCAUUAAUAUCACCAACAACGAGAAAGUGGUGGUGAAAAUCCUCAAGCCAGUCAAAAAGAAGAAGAUCAAGCGUGAAAUCAAGAUCCUGGAAAAUCUCCGAGGGGGCCCCAAUAUUAUCAGCCUUCUGGACAUAGUCAAGGAUCCAGUGUCACGGACACCCGCCCUGGUCUUUGAGCAUGUCAAUAACACAGAUUUUAAGCAAUUGUAUCAGACGCUGUCGGACUUCGACAUUCGAUUCUACAUGUAUGAAAUCCUGAAGGCGCUGGAUUACUGCCACAGCAUGGGGGUCAUGCAUCGGGAUGUCAAGCCACACAACGUCAUGAUUGACCACGAGCACAGGAAGCUGCGUCUGAUCGACUGGGGCCUGGCUGAGUUCUACCACCCUGGUCAAGAGUACAACGUGCGGGUGGCCUCGCGGUACUUCAAAGGGCCGGAGCUUCUUGUGGACUACCAGCUGCGUGUGUGCCUCUCCCCUCUCCUGCAGAUGUAUGACUACAGCCUGGACAUGUGGAGCCUGGGCUGCAUGCUGGCCAGUAUGAUCUUCCGCAAGGAGCCCUUCUUCCACGGCCAUGACAACUACGACCAGCUGGUGCGGAUUGCCAAGGUGCUGGGCACAGAGGACCUCUACGAUUACAUCGACAAGUACAACAUCGAGCUGGACCCCCGCUUCAACGACAUCCUCGGCAGACACUCGCGCAAGCGAUGGGAGCGCUUCGUGCACAGCGAGAACCAGCACCUGGUCAGCACGGAGGCCUUGGACUUCCUGGACAAGCUGUUGCGCUACGACCACCAGACGCGGCUCACAGCCCGUGAGGCCAUGGAGCACCCCUACUUCUAUCCAAUAGUGAAAGAUCCAGCCAGGUUGGGCUCCACUGGGAUUUCAUCCGCUAACACCCCUGUCAGCUCCUCCAGCAUGUUGGCAGGGAUUGCCUCCAUGGCUGCCUCUCAGCCCAUCGGCAGUUUGGCCGCCUCGCCCGUCAUCUCCUCUCCAAACGCUCUGGGCUCGCCAGUCCCUGCUACUGCCGGAGCACAGCCUUGAAUUCGCCACCAUCGCCACCUCUGGCUUCCAGCACCGCCAAGGCUGCCGCCUCGCCUCUCCCGCCGGCCCCUGCAAGGCAGGAGGAGGGAGGGCGGAGGGGGGGUGUCUCUGGAAUGAUUUUUUUUCUGUUAUGUUGAAGAGCAUCGCCCAGCUGCUGCUCCGCCACUUCCUCCUCUCCGUGCAGCAGCAAGCGCGAACUCUGGCUACAGACAGAGGCGUCUCUGUGUCUGUGUCGCGUGAUGGUAGCUGCAUUCUUCCCAGGAGGCUUGGGGCUAGUGAUGCAACUGCAGUGUAGACACUGAAAUGGAGAAUAAAAUUUAUUUUCUAUGUCCCUAA